UGCUCAACCACUGAGCUCUGCUGACCGGGCCUCAGCUUGCUAUUUUCUUAGCUAACACUCAAAAUUCUACAGAGCAAACACCUAUUUCCCCCAAAUUGUAGGUAAAGUAGGAUGAAAGAGAAGAAAGAAUACAGUACCUAUCCUUAGGGUUAUCGUGUUAACUCCAUUUCUAGAAUGCCAUCUGACCACGUGGUCGGUGUUCUUUUUUUACAUGUGGGCAAUGCCUGUGGGGAGAACCUGUGAGCCCAGCCAGGUCUUGCUGGGGGAGGUAAGAGGCUGGCCAGCGCCGGGGGCAAACGGACCUUUCAUGUGGUUCUACAGCUCACAGUGUACAAGGUUCUGCCGCUCCUGUAUUGCCACCAGUCUGAAGAGCAGCAAGUGGACCUGCCCUUACUGCCGGGCGUACCUUCCUUCCGAAGGAGUCCCAGCCACGGAUGUGACCAGAAGGAUGAAAUCAGAGUUCCAGAACUGCGCCGAGUGCGGCACCCUGGUUUGCCUCAGCGAGAUGAGGGCACACAUAAGAACCUGUCAGAAGUACAUAGAUAAAUAUGGACCGCUCCAAGAACUCGGGGAGACAGCAGCAAGGUGUGUGUGUCCAUUUUGUCAGAAGGAACUGGAUGAAGACAGCUUGCUGGAUCAUUGUAUUAAUCAUCACAGAUCAGAAAGGAGACCGGUGUUCUGCCCACUCUGCCGUUUAAUACCCACUGAGAACCCAAGCAGCUUCAGUGGCAGUUUAAUAAGACAUUUGCAAGUCAGUCACACUCAGCUCUAUGAGGAUUUCUUAGAUUUUAAUAUAAUUGAGGAAGCUCUUAUCCGAAGGGUAUUAGACCGGUCACUUCUGGAAUAUGUGAGUCACUCAAACACCACAUAAUGUCGUGAAAAGGAGAAGGAAGGAGACCAUACAGUUGCACCAUUUGUUAAGAUGCUGCUUGAACAGUUGGAGGGGAAUUGUCGCUGUCUGAUGGGCAGGAAUGUACAACACAGUUCUCUCGCAUUUUAAAACUGCUUUUAUCUUGAUGGUUUAAAUCUGUUUUACAUCCGUGAGCCUUUUAGAUGCUCAGUAAACAAAGAGUCUCCAUUAGCCAUUAAUAUACUAUGAAAGAGAACCUAAGGCUGGGAUUGGUGGGUGAAGGAUCUUUAUUUGCAAACUGGAUGACAGUAUGUGUAACGCUACUUAUUAAUAAACAGCAUCAUGGUAGGGCAAGAUAACUAAUCCUUGUUCUAUGUAAAAAGAUGGAACGUGAAACCAAUUGUGGACAUGCAAGUGCUCAUGUUCUAAUCACUAAUAGAAUAACAUGAAUAACUUUGUAUGGUAGGGAAGGAAAAUUUUGGAAGUCGAUGAAGUCCAUUUAACCAAAUUGUAUAACAUGAUGUAACAAAAUUAAUUUCAUGUUAGGAAUGUAUGCCUAAUUCUUUUACUUUUUAUAACUGCAUACCUAAGAAUUUAAUAUCCUAUUUUUCAAAUGUUUGUAGCUUAUUUAGGAAUAUUUCUGUAAUGUAGGCAAGUUCUUAAGAACCGUCAGCUGUUAUUGAUAGUAGAGGUAUUCACAUCCAUAAUUCUUAGUGGAAAAUCCAAAGGGCUUUGAUGUUAUUUUUAUUUCCGCCGUUAGAAAAAUUAUAAAAAAAUACUGAAAACCCAACAAAAUUAUAGCUCAUCACGUUAUGAUAGGCAAGCACUCUUGUCAGCCACCCUGGAUGUCCUCUGCGUGUCCUGUCACCGUUCACAAUGCUCGUCCCCCACCCCACAAAAGUAACCAUUACAUUGAUUCCAGUAGUAAUCACUUCCUUGUGCUUCUUUAGUGUUUGUGUAUCUCUACACACUGUUUUUUAUCUUCUUCAUUUAAAAUUGUUAUGAGAUGUAUCGUUUACAUCCCUUUUUUACACGUUUCCCCGUUCUUUCUUUUUCUUAAAAUUUACCAAUUGGAGAACCUGGUCUUAUGAUUCACAGUUUCCCACAGUCUGUAUUGUAUUGAUUGCAGGCUCAUGGCACAAUUCAGCAUGUUCCUCUGUCCUCUGGACAUUGACACAUGGGUCCAGAGGUUUGAGCAGACUUUUGGCAAGACUGUCCAGUUCAGUCUUUUUUUGUGACAUCGGCUAAACUUGACACUCGGUGCCUAGAUCCAGUGAUUUAUUGUGGGUUGGAGAGUAUCCUAAUGCUAUCAUUUCUUUUUUGUGUGUUACUUGGAACAUUUUUUGUAAAAGAGAUGUUUCCCCACAUCUGUGAUUUGGUUAACCAGUGGUAAUGUUCAUGCAGGAAAAGAAAAAUAACUACUUGAAUUUUUCCCUUUAUUUACCAAUUUUUAAGAUAAACUUUUCCCUAUCCUCUUCCAGUGAUCACUCUUUUUAACAGCAUUGUGAACUAACUUAUGAAUUCACACAUAUUGCAUAGACUUCAAUCCACUUUAAAUAUUCCCUUACUGAAGCUCAGAUAGCCCUGUCUUUGGCCAUUGGGUGUCUCACCACGUUGCCUCUGAAUCCUUUUGAACCUACUCUCGAAAUCUUUGGUGGCUUCCUUGCCGUCUCACAAUAUUCCAGGCCCAGCUUGUAUGUUUCCUGCCCCAGACCUGGAAUCGGCCAUUUGCCAAGGAGCCUGGUCAUUUUCAGUGAGAAAUGGCAUUUCCACGCUCUGCUCGGGACGGUUAUGCUCAUUGCAACCAGACUUCCCAUUGUUUCUGGAAGGGAGCUAAGAAAUAGCUUUGUCUUUUAAAGAUAAAACACUUCAUGAGUUUAUUUUUAAAAAUAUAUAUUUUUAUUGAUUUCAGAGAGAAGGGAGAGGGAGAGAGAGAGAAACAUCAGUGAUGAGAGAGAAUGAUUGAUAGGCUGCCUCCUGCACACCCACACUGGGGAUCGAGCCCCCAACCCGGGCCUGUGCCCUGAUGGGGAAUUGAACCAUGACCUCCUGGUUCAUAGGUGGACGCUCAGCCACUGGGCCACACUGGCCGGGCCAUGAGUUUAUUUUGAUACUUUCAAAUCAAAUGGAGUACUACAACCUAAUCCUUUUUUUUUUAAACCAUAUUUCCAUUUUUUCUAUACUGAGAAUUCUGGUUUUCCAAGACGGGCCACGAUAAAAUUAGAAUAUCACACAGAUAUUCAUUUCUUUUAUUACCUUACACAUGCAACAGUUUCAGAGUAACAAUACUAAUACAACUACCACCAAUAUUUAAUGAAGACAAUUAAACAUUUUUUAUUUGCGCUCCCUAUCCUCCCCCUACUUUUUAAAGCUGUACUCUAUCAACAUUUUCGGAACAUUUUGGCAUGGCAUCACAUACUGUCCUCCCUCCCUCCUCCCCCAUUUAGUCUUAGAUCUUCAAGUAACUGUGUUCAGUGCUUGCCUAAUUUUAUAGUUUGACUGUUUUUCAUAUCUGACUUUUUAACGACGCAUCCAAACUUUUGUUUCUUACACAUAAAUGUACUCGUAAUCAUGGUGUCCCAAAUAUCUAUAGUAAACUAUCCAUUCCUCUUUAAAGUCUUGCUUAUGGCCCUGUCCCCCACUACAAGGGAAUUCGAACGACCUAAAGCCGGUGAAGUUGAGGGCUUUCCCUCCCCCUUGUAGAUGUUGACUUCACAGCUGUGAGCAAGUAACAGAUGUUUAGUUUCACAACCUCUUCCUCCACUUUGGAUGAGUCAUCCAAUAAAGCACAAAAGGAGGGAGGUAAUCAUCAGACUGAAAGUCUAUUUUUAGUCCCUAAAAAAUAAUUUCUGAGCAUCAGUACUGUCCAGGAAAUAAAUCUUUGUUCAUUUAGAGCCAUCCAAAAGGCAUCUUUAAAUCUUUAAAACUUGAAAAAAAUGUCAAAACUUUAAAUCCCGUAUUUUGCAUAAAGCUUUAAGUCACCCGUGGGGCUCGGUGCAGCAAUUCUGCACCCUGUUCCUGGAUUCCUCCGAGAAGUUUGCCACCUCCAGGACGCAUCAGGUGCUGGCCGCCUGCAUGAUUUUGCCUUCUGCAUUGUUUUGAGUUCUAAAAUGGUCAAGUGCAAAUAUUCAUUCUUUCACGGUGCCUUUAACCUUUUAUAUUAAAAAAAAAUCUUCUAAUUCAUUGUUUUAAAAAAUGAAAACCAAUAUUUGAAGCUGUUGACUACUAACAAGUUUCACGCUGUUCCUAGCGCCUGAGAUGCAACUUUUCCAGGGGCUUCUAAGGGAAAUCUGAGUCACGUUUCUCUUCAAGGCUAAACUCUUCCAACCCUGCGAAGCCUGUGGAGCUGUUCCUUUCAUGUACCUUCCCCCGGGCUUUGAACGUAGGCUGAAAGUGGGGUUCCGAGUCUGUGGCCCUAUGUUAAGACCCCGGUCACAGAUCCAGCUCCAACGAUGGCGCUUCACUGCGUUCAUGGGGUGCUCAGUCUUUCAUGUGGAAGUGAGCUUACUCCAGUGACUGAAUGCUGAGUGUGUAAUUUGUACCUUUAGGCAUUGAAGUUUUUUAAAAAGUCAUUAAGAGAUUCAUUCUUUCCUUAUGCAACUGCAAAAAAACAACUGUAUGAUCAGAAUUUAAAAUGUGCAGGUGUUUUUUUUUUCUUUCUUCUGUAAAAAUGUAUUGUGAGAAAUAAAGAAUGGCAGGACCAUUGCUUUCAUUAAAAUA